AUGGAGCCCCAGUUCAUUCCUGUUGGCUAUGUGGAUGACAUUCAGAUUGAGAGACUCAACAGCACAGCAGAGACUCCAAGGGCAGAGCACUGUGCACCUUGGGUGGAUCAGCAGGAACCACAUUAUUGGGAGUGGGAAACUGGCCUUUUCCUGGAUUUGUCACAGAAGUUCGGAAAGUGGCUGCCGAAAAUGCUCAACAUCUACAACUAUACCACAACUGGAUCCCACACAAUCCAGUUGAGACAUGGGUGUGAGGUGCUGCCUGGAUGGGACGUCAGUAACCGGUUCUUUGAAUUAUCCUUCAAUGGCCAAGACUACAUUGCACUAAACGAGGACAUGACGACCUGGACCACAGUUGGCAAAGCAGCUGAGAUGCUCAGGCAAGAGUGGGAGGAGUCAGGCUUUGCUUAUCAAGUGAAGACUUAUAUGGAACAUCAUUGCGUAGAGACUCUCCUCACACAGCUGGAAUACGGGAAGGAAUUUUUGCUGAGAAUGGACAUCCCCAAAAUGCAUGUGACCCAUAAGGUCAGACCUGACAGGAAAAUCAUACUGAGGUGCUUGGCCCUGAACUUCUACCCUGCUGGAAUCUCCCUCACCUGGCAAAAGGAUGGCAGCAACCAGACACAGGACAUGGAGAUAAUGAACACCAGGCCAGCAGGGGAUGGAACUUUCCAGAAGUUGGCAGCUGUGGUGGUGUCUUCUGGGGAAGAGCAGAGCUACACAUGCCAUGUGGUCCAUGGGGGACUGCCUGAGCCUUUCACCCUGAGAUGGGAGCCUCCACAGCCCUCCAUCCCCAUCAUGGCUGUUGUUACUGCUCUGGCUCUUGGCGCUCUGCUCACAGGAGCUGUGGUGACUUUUCUUAUUUGGAAGAGGAGGUCUAAAGGUAAGGAAAGAGCAGUGUCUGAGCUCAUGUCUCCAUGGGAAUACCAAGGCCAAGCGGUGGUGUACCUGCCUGCAUGA